UCUCCGUUUGCUCUGGAGAACUGCAUAUGUUCAAACCUUUAAACGGUCAGUUUUAAAUGCCGCAGUGGGACACAUACAAUCCAUCUAUACAAAGGACAAUAUAGAGCAGAAAGUUCCCGGAGAGAUGAGUUCCUGAUGAAAGCUUUGCGACUUGUCUUAUCCCACCCGCACUUUUGGAUUUCUGCCACAUUUCAACACCCAGUCAUGAGACUAGAUAUAAAGCCAGGGAUGAUCACCUGCUUCAGAGCGCUAUUCACCUCACUUGCAAAUUAACGCACUCAAAUUAACGCGCUCUCACUCGUCUCUUUCAUCAUUCUGAACAUCAAGUUCAACCAGGAAUCAGAGCAUUUUUUGGGUCUUCAGCAUGAAACUCUCCAUCCUCAUUGCCUCAUUGGCUUCUCUCUCCGGCGCCCUAGCGGAUCGCGUCGAUCUCUGGGAACGACCGAACUUCCGUGGGCAGCAUGCAACUUAUGCGGAAGAGGGAGUCAUGGCCGUUCCCUUUGUCUUCCGAUCCUAUUCCUGGUACCGAACCGAAGGCAGCACUUGCUGUGCUGGGUUCUGCAAGGGGAACAUGACCGUAAGCAUUUACUGCACUCCUAAUAGCCGCUCAGAUUUCGCACUUGGUGCGGAUCGGAUUAUCAUCCGUUGUGAUGAGUCGAGGAUUGAUUGUAAAAAUGGAUGAGAUGGGUGACUUGGCAGUAUACCAAUAAGGGAUGGUUGAGGGUGAACCUCGAAGGGAUGGUCUUAAGGAGCUUGAUUCAUGUCUGCAAAUGGGAACUGAGGAGGACUAAUGACUGCUGUGCGGCAUAUGGGGAGGUGAGCCAAAUAAG